AUGGGGUGGCGCGGGCCGCCGGCGCUGGUGGACAGCGCGCCCGCCAAGGCCAUCGUGGUGUACCGCAACGGGGACGCCUUCUUCGCGGGCCGGAGGUGCGUGCUGUCGCGGCGCCGCGCGGCCACUUUCGAGGCGCUGCUGGACCAGCUGACCGAGCAGGUGGAGGUGCCGUUCGGGGUGCGGCGCCUGUUCACGCCCACGCGCGGGCACCGGGUGCUGGAGCUGCAGGCGCUGCAGGCGGGCGGCAAGUACGUGGCGGCAGGCCGCGAGCCCUUCAAGAAGCUCGAUUAUAUUCAUAUAGUGCCCAGAAAACCUACAAAGAUGAGAAAGUUGAAGGAAAUCAAACCAGUGGUACAUUGUGAUAUGAUUGUGCCGUCCAGGUGGCAGACAUUUCAUCGUACAUCCCGACACGUUAAUGUUUUCACAAAUGGAAGACUGUUUAUCCCACCUGUAAAGAUUAUCAUACCCAAGUUCACUCUGACCGAAUGGAACAGCGUGCUGGCCACGAUUGGGGAAAAAGUCUUCCCUCUAGGAGGCGUGCGAAAAUUAUUUACCAUGAACGGGCACCUUUUGGACAACUCCAAGGAUCUGCAAGACAACCACUUUUAUGUUGCUGCAGGACUGGAGACCUUCAAAUAUUUCCCUUACUGGAAAUCCUCAAAGGUGCCCAGUGAGGUCCAACAAAAGUAUACGGACAUCGAGAAGUACUCACGAAGGAAGAAAAUAGAGGAUUCCCAAGGAAAAGAACCUCAUAAAUACAACAUUUCCCGUAAGGAACCGGAUUCUGUGUUUUAUGCCAAAGAGGGAAAGAAGAAAAUGCUGGUAGACUCUUUAAUCCCAAACGGCGCAGAAGGCGACGUGUACAAAGCCCAGACUCCUAGCACGGAAACCCAGGGAGCGCCGGAAGUCAGAGAAGACAAGGACGUGCAGGUGGAGGUGCCCGUGGACCAGACACCAGCUGAGAUAGUUAAGGAAGAUGAAGAGUUCCACGAUAACCCCCCUGGUCUUGAAAGCGACAAGGUGCUGCACUCGCGGGUGGCUCUAGAGAGGCAGGGCAGGAAAACCCGGCCUCGAGGAAACCGCUUACCAGAGAGCAGCUCCCAGGGACCUCCGACGUGGGGUUUGGAGUUGCGGCUGCCCUGGCUCGGGGAAGCAUCGACGGCUCUCCGGACCCCGCAGCGGGCUUCGGGCGGUGUUGCCGCCACCGCCGCCAUUCAGGGCUGCGAGCAUGAAGCCUAA